CGGGAUAAACUAUGUAAAGCAAAUAUUUUGAAAAGUUGGUAGCACUGCUAAGAGUAUAUUAAAUUAUAUAAAUUACGUAUUUAACUUAGCUGGCAACAUUUUGUAGUCUUCGCUGAAACGUCAAAAUCAAGUCGAAGUUGUUAUGGCGGACAGAAUUACUCCGGAGACAAGAUAAUAUUUUGGCUGAAGUUUGUUGAAUAAAUAAUAAAUAGAACUCAAGAAAUACCUUAAAAUCUCCAAACUGUCAAAAUUCAGCAGUGAUAUAAAAAAUUUGUGGUUGAAUAUUACUUUAAUCAAUUUAUAUACAAGCCAGAGAUGGAUGAUGGUUUAUGGCUUAUUGAAUUGGAAUCGGCGUUACUGGAUGAUUGCAAUGUUAACGAUAUAUACAGCAUAUGCCAAGGCAAAUCAUUGCCGGAAUCACUAAGGCCUGAUGUGUGGCAAGUCUGUCUCGAUGUGCGCAACAAAAGCGAUCAAAUGUCGCUAUUUAAUGAAAUAUACGAUUUGCCAUUCCAAAAUAAACUACGCGAGGACUGCGGUACGGUGGUAGAGCGCAUUGGAAAUGAUGAAAGUGACAAAGUGUCAGUUUUAUCUGAUCUGGAAUCGAUAUUAACAUUUUAUUGUAAAAAUCGCAACAUGCAGUAUGGGAAUAAUAACGGUUGGAUUGAGUUGUUGCUGCCACUGCUCUCGCUUAAACUUAAUCGCUCCGAUACGUACAACUUGUUUGAGGCAAUUCGUGACACUUAUAUUCCAAAAGGUUGUAAACCAAAAGGCAAUGUUUUUCAUGUAUUUCGGUUACUCAUACUUUAUCACGAUCCGGAACUGUGUACAAUGCUGGACACGAAGAAAAUUACUCCAGACUUGUACUCAAUGCAAUGGUUUUUGUGCUUAUUCGCGUCCAGUUGCAGCUUGUCAGUAACGUUGACAAUGUGGGAUUUUUACUUUCAACACACUGAUCCAUUUUUAGUAUUUUUUCUCGGUCUAAUUAUACUUGUAAAUGGACGAGAACAGAUUUUGGCCAUGAAAAAUGCAAACAGAGAAGAAAUCAUAAAGUUUUUAAGUGUUAUGCCUUGUGCUAUAGAAACAGAAGAUGUAGUCGAUUUUUGCUCACUAGCACAGUAUUAUUCUUUAAAAACUCCAACUUCGUUUAAAACUGAUUUCCUAAAAGCGCUUUACGGUACAACAAUUGAAACUGGCAAACCUGAUACACCUUGUACUGUAUCACAGGCAUUAUGUCUUCCGGUGUCGGUGUACGAAUUGGUUGAAACUUCUUACGAAAUGAACAACAGUGAUGGGGUGCGUUUCUUUUUAGUCGAUUGUCGUCCAGCCGAGCAAUACAAUGCUGGGCAUUUAUCAACUGCAUUUCAUCUUGAUUGUAAUUUAAUGCUUCAAGAGCCAGUUGCAUUUACAACUGCUGUGCAGGGGCUACUAACUGCGCAACGGCAAUCAAUUGAAGCAAAUUCAAAUGCUGGUGGUGAACACUUGUGUUUUAUGGGCAGUGGACGUGAUGAUGAAGAUCAGUACACGCAUAUGGUUGUUGCAUCAUUUUUGCAGAAAAAUACUCAAUAUGUCUCUAUAUUGUCGGGUGGAUAUACAGCUAUACAUGAAUAUUUUGGCGACCAAAUGGUUGAUUUCUUAGAAGAUCAUAAUGUGCGCAAGUGCAUUGUAUGCAUUAAAAACAAAGUGACUGCACCUAAAAAACAAGUUACAGUUGAUACACCUACCGUUGCAAAUGGACAUGCGACGAAAUCAGUGGUUAGUAAACCAUCAUCGGACAUUUUUAGUAAAUUUUCUACGGCGAUGAAAAUGAAAUCAGCUGAUAUCAAAGGUAAACUUUUCGAAAUUAUUGUAAAUCCGUCGAACAGUGUUAUGGGGAAUAAUGCCUCAGGCAGUAAUAAUAGUCAACCAACGAUACAGGAGCGGCAUGUUUCCGCAUCAGAACGCAAUGGAAAACGUUAUCGUAAUGUUGCGCCAGUAUUUAGCAUUGAUGAAGACAACGAUGAUCAGUAUGAUCAAGUAGACACCAAAGAUUCACCCGAUAAGGCAAGCACAAAAUUGCCUGGUGAUGAAAAAGAAAUUGUGCAGCUAAUAGAUUACCUGAAAUCACCGGACAUAAUAAAUGCAUUUAGAUGCCAGGAAGUUCAUGUAAACGGUUUUAUGUAUGACAGCCACCUAAUUAUAACGCCCACACAUUUGAUUGUGUUGCGGGAAUUAGGACGGAGAUUGGCGCAAGUAAUUGUCAGACGUCCAUUGGCGAAUAUUGUUAAAAUUACAGCUAAGAAACGUCAUAAGGACUUGAUAACAUUUAAAUAUGGCUUUCCAGAUGGCGAUGAACUUUUAGUCACAGAUAUGGAUCGAUUUUUAAUACCAAAUGCAAGUGAGGCCACUGCAAUUGUGUCGAAACACAUUAAGCAAGUGCUGGACGGUGCUAAACUGAUCUAAUCAAUAAAUCUUCCACUACACAAGUAUGCAGAUAUUGUCACAUAUUUACUUAUGUAAACUUUAUAUACCUAUAAAAGAUAUUUUUAUUAUA